AUGGUUUCAUUCAAACUCGUCCAAUUUAUUUCGAUCGUCGUUUUUGCAUCGACCUGUAUGGACACCCAAGCUGGCCUCGUUACAAGAGCCGCACCGGCGCCCAAAGCAAACGAUGUGUCUCUAGAUCCUACGGACGUUCCCGGCGGCAAGAAUGCCAACAUCAAUUCUAAAAACCCUAAGCUGCCAGCUUCUGCUGUACCUGUUGGAAGUCCCAAGAACCCCAAAUCUGCAACUCCAUCGGAAGGCAAGACUGAUCCCAAAAACCCCAAGUCGGCUGCUGGUAUGCCAGGGGGAAAUAGCAAGACCUCGGAACCACUCAAGAACCACUCCCCAGAAGAGGUUAAAGCCUUGAUGGACAAACUUAAACUCAAGCCAAACUCUACCGGCGCACCUGGAGCUGGAAGUGGCACCCCUGAUCAGAAUCCCAAAUCUAAAACUAAGGCAGGUGGCGGUAGUGGUACUCCUCCCGCCGGUCCAGGGAAAACUUCUAAACCUAAUGGAAUGACCCGACGAGCAGAAGCCGCCACUAAAUCGGCAGAAGACAAGAAGGCCAGCUUUAUGGAGAAGCUCAAAGCGAAGUCAAGUGCUAGCGGUCGUCCCGCCGGCACUCCGCCGACAGAGCUCACCAAACGAGCAGAUGCCCCGGGUGGAGGAUCAGACGACAAGAAAGCCGCCUUCCUCGAGAAACUCAAAGCAAAGAAAGCCGGCGGCGGCGGUCUUUCUAAAGGUGGAGAGGGUGGUGCAGGUGCGAUGGGAGCCAAGUCUCCGAUGUCCAAACGAGCGGAUUCCCCUAGUGGAGCUCCAGAGGAGAAGAAAGGCGGCGGCUUACUCGAUAAACUCAAAUCCAAGCUGAGCGCUGCCGACCAUUCCAAGGGAGAUGUCAGUCAUUCCAAGGGAGAUGCCGUUCAUUCUAAUGGAGAUGCCGGUCAUGCUAAGGGAGAUGCGAAGCCCUCCAACGGAGAUGCCGGUCAUGAUACCGGUGCGGUCGAGAAAACUGCCAAGCCUUUAGGGAUCAGCAAGCGAGCCGAACACCUGACCUGGAAACGAGAAGAUGCGGCACCGGCUAGUCCUGAAAAGAACGACAAGGCGAGCGCCGAACCUGAGACUAAGAAACCCAAGGAGUCCAAGCCAGCGAAAGAACACAAGCACAAAGCACCCAAGGAAAAGGCAAACCCAGCGUCGAAGGACUCCAAACCCAAGGAACAAAAGAAGCCAGCAACUCCGGAGGCCGAAGGAACCUCGGAAGCACCCAAGGAAAAGGCAAACCCAACGUCGAAGGACUCCAAACCCAAGGAACAAAAGAAGCCAGCUGCUCCGGAGGCCGAAGGAACCUCGGCCUAG